AAGAAAUCCGACUCUGCAAGAAUACUGACAGACCUUGCACCAGUCAUCAUGACACCCAAGAUGGUCUCCGCAACCGCCGCCGCGUCCUCGCGACCACGCACCAUCACCGCGGGGUCGCGCAUGGACUUUGCCACCAUAGGCCGCGCACCCAUGCGCCUCUCGCUCGCCAACACGCGCAGGGUCACGGCGCGCGACCUCGAGGUCGAGGAGGCCAUGGCGGAGCUGUUGGAGGCGGAGGUGCCCGAGCCGGCCGGGGUCGCGCAGGACGUCAGCCUGCUGCGCGGAUUCAACGCGACGAUCCCGAGCGCGGAGAAGAACCGGACGCGGAGGAAGCAGAUGCGGAACGUCGACACGCCGCAUCUUGGGUUGCGGAGGCUGGGGAUGCACGCGCGCGGGCUGCUCGAGGGCGAGGAGGAGGAUCACGAGCGGCAGAGUAUUGUCAGCGAGGAUGAUGUUGUCGUUGUGGGGUCGGAUCAUGGGCGGCGGAGAGGGAAGCGGAGAGGGAGAGAACGCUUGAACUCGGGCAAGACUCUGAGCGUGGGCGAGCUCACGCGGCAGUCGGAGGAGAUUCUGCUGGACAAGGAGAAUCUGCAUGUCCGCAGGAGUCUACUACAUAGCGAUAUUGACGAGGUAUCAGGCAAGAUACAAGCCCUCGAGGCCAUCCGCCAGAAACUCGAACAGGAUCUUCUCAGACUGCAGGAGGACGAACUUGAGCUGGAUGAUGAGCUCGAAGGGGUGCGCGAACGACUGGAGUACGAGAAGGCGUCGAGCAAACACCCAGCGACGGCGAACGCACACUCGCCACAUGUCACCUCGUCCCGACGGCGGAAAGGACCUGUCUUCCUUCCAUCUGAACAUGACGACCUCCCACCAGGGGUGGCGUUCAUGACCCUCGAGAGCCACACGACGCCGAUAACGGCGCUCGACUUCUCGGAGCCGUACGGGACGCUCGUCACCGCGGCGCAGGAGGACACGCAGCCGCGCGUGUGGGACCUGAUGUCGGGCGAGGAGAUCGGGCGCCUGCGCGGACACCGUGCGCCGGUCAAGUGCGUGCAGGUCGAGAACGAGCUGUGUCUUACUGGCGGCGAGGACGGCGUCGUGCGGCUCUGGGACCUGCGGCAGGUCGAGGACGGCGAGGACUGGCAGCGCGCGCUGCCGGAGGUUGUGGAGGAGGACGAGGGCAGCGGGUUCGGCGACGACGACGGGGAGCUCGUUGAGCGGCCGAACGGCAUCCGCUCGUCCGCGCAGAGCGAGGCGGGCACGGACGCGGGUGGGCCGUGCGUGCGUCUGUUCGAGGGGCACAGCAAGGCGGUGACGGCGCUGUACUUUGAGGACGAGUGCCUCGUGACGGGCGCGUCGGACAAGACGCUGCGCCAGUGGGACGUGCAGACGGGCCAGUGCGUGCUCACGAUGGACAUUCUCUGGGCGAUCUCGCACCACGGCGCGGCGUUCCCCGGUGCGGCUGCUGCGGCGAACACGGCGUUCGCGGUGCCGGCGCCGCCGGCUGCGGACGGGAGCUGGGAGAUGUACCAGGACUUUGUGGGUGGGGUGCAGUUCUGGGGGUACGGGCUUGUGAGCGGGAGCGGGGACGGUGCGGUGCGCAUGUGGGAUAUGCGGACGGGGCAGGCGCAUCGGACGCUCAUGGGGCAUACGGCGCCGGUGACGUGUCUGCAGUUUGACGAGAUGCAUAUUGUCAGCGGCAGUCUUGACAAGACCGUUCGGAUAUGGGACGUUCGGACGGGGGGCACGUUCGAGACGCUCAAGUACGACCAUGCGGUAACGGCGCUCCAGUUCGACACGCGCAAGGUCGUCGCUGCGACGGGCGAGAACGGCGUCAAGAUAUACAACCGGACGACGAUGCAGCACUCGACGCUGCAGACGAACGGACACAUGCUCCCCGCCGAGCGCGUGCGGUACAUGGACCGCUAUCUUGUCUCGGGCGGACGGGACUCUGUCGUCAAGGUGUGGGCGCUCUGAGCUCCCGCCGCCGCCGUAGAGGGGCCGAUGCAUUGCACGUCAUAGAUGUAGCAUAACACAACAUCAACAAGACUUUUUUAACACGUCAACGACAUAACAUAACACUACAGAAUUUACAACGCACAUCACAUUCCGGGCUUACUUAUCAUUCGUUCUAGUAUGCAAU